AGAACAGCUAGAAGAACAGCACGAUUCGAUAGAGCUCAAACGUGGAGGAAUGCCGAGAAUGCGGCAAAAGGAUCUAGCUAAGAUUCGUCGCGGCGAUUACCUUGGAAAGCGCGCUUAGCCGGCCUCGAAAUACUUCGGGCCCUCCGACGUCCAAGAGCCCUAAUCUGCCCAAGGCGCUAGGGUUUGUCACGCGCAUUGGUCGCGCCUCCCCAAUGGCGGACGAAUUCUCCUCGCCGGUAGCGCCCACCGCCAGCUCCAGCUUCACCAGCACCAUCGGGAUCGAUCCAAUGAAACGGUUGAAGAGGAUGCAUACCAGACAACGCGAGCAGCUCGUUCUCACGAAGCAGCCGCUCACGACCACGAAAUUCUUCCUGCUGGCCAUGCUCCAACAUCUGGGACGGAUUUGGAUCUACGCUGCGAGGCACAGAUUCACGUUUCUCUUGUUCCUUUUUCUCUGCUUCGCGUCGGGAUGCACACUGCUGGUGGUCGGAGGGUAUGAGAAGGUAAUGGAGGAAGCCUGGCUAUAUUUUCGUUUCGCUGUAUGGUGGAUCGGCCUUGGAGUGGCUUCUUCGAUCGGACUCGGCUCGGGACUACACACGUUCGUGCUCUACCUUGGUCCUCACAUUGCCAUGUUUACGCUCAAAGCCACCCUCUGUGGACGCGACGACUUAAAGUCCGCGCCAUACGACACACCAUAUUUUGGAACGAGUGCCUCAUGGGCGGACAAGGACUGUACGAGCAUUGGAGCUCCCCAGUUUCCCCGGCUUGCAUCCGAGCACGAGAGUUACAUGGUCCCGCUCUACAAUGUCUUGGUACAAGUCCAGCCCGAGGCAGUCUUGUGGGGGAUUGGGACGGCCCUUGGAGAGCUUCCGCCUUACUUUGUUUCUAGAGCAGCUCGGUUGUCUGGCGAGCGUCUAAAGGCUCUUGACGACAUCGAGAACGAGUCCGCCACAAAGGAUUCCUUGCUGACGCGAGUAAGGCAGUGGAUGGUGACGAAAAUCCAGCGGUUUGGAUUUUUCACGAUCUUGAUUUGUGCUUCGGUGCCGAAUCCGUUGUUCGAUUUAGCGGGAAUGAUGUGUGGGCAUUUUCUUGUUCCUUUCUGGAAGUUUUUCCUGGCCACCUUAUUGGGGAAGGCAGUCAUCAAGACGCACAUACAGACGAUUUUCAUCAUCUUGGCUUGCAACGCGCACUUGGUAGAGCUCAUAUUGGACUCGCUAACCUGGAGCUUAUCUAAGGUGCCUACGUUCUCCUUCAUCUUGCCGAGAAUCAGGACCACUCUACAAGGUGCCCAGGAGAGCUUUCGUCACGGCCAGCAAGCGAAAUCCGGGCAGCCAAACAUGGUCGCGUUCGCCUGGAACACCUUCGUGAUGGUCAUACUCAUGGGAUUCCUGGCUUCCAUCGUGAAUUCCACGGCGCAGGGCUAUCUCAUGCAACGCCAGCUGCGAGAAAUGGAGACGGUCGAGAAGCAAGAGGAGCAACAACAACAAGCUCCUCGUCAGGAUUGAGUCCCAAGAACUCACUCACUGACCCUUCUCCUCGAAUUUUUUUCUCUCUCUCUUUCUUUUUCUCUGUUCUCCUUUUGGGAAGCUAACCAGCAGGCAGACUAGAAGAGGCAGUACCGCCAAGAUCACUACUCUCUCCUUGAUUCCUCGAUUCCUUCGAACGACAACGAUGACAAUAUCAUAGCCAUAGCAAUUGUACAUGAACACCACGAUUCUUCUUACUCGAACGAUUCAAUCAAAACGUUGACUUAGUUGACUAAGUCAACGAAAAA